GAUUACACAGCGAAUCCAAUUUACCAUACACACCCUUCCCUACAGCCGCGUUUGACGAUACCAUUUGCGUUUCCUUCGCCGAAAGCUAAAAAGUAAAAAAACCCAGCUCACCGCCACCAGCUUCACCCCUAUUGGCUACUCUCUCUCUUUGUGGUUUCGUCUCGCUCUGAAUUUCCUAUCCCCCAACCAAGACCGGUCAAUCUCGAUGUGUGCUCGAUCCAAACACUCGCAAUUGAGAAGAAAUCUAGGGUUUUUCCGACUUUGAUUCUUCUGCUUACAGGCCUUGUACGAUGGAAGUCGAGAAGAUUCACCAAAUGGACGACUCGCAGGAAGUCGGAGUUCCUGUGGUGGUUUCCGAUUCCGGUGCGGAGGUCAAAGUUGGUGAAAGCGGCGGCGAAGGGAAGCGGAAGCGUGGUCGGCCGCCGAGGGGCCAGGCGAAACCGCCGCCGGCGAAGAAGCCGAAGGAUGAGGAGGACGUUUGCUUUAUAUGCUUCGAUGGUGGAAGCCUCGUGCUUUGCGAUCGCCGGGGCUGCCCUAAGGCAUACCAUCCAGCUUGUAUUAAGCGAGAUGAGGCAUUUUUUCGAUCAAGGGUUAAAUGGAAUUGCGGUUGGCAUAUAUGUAGUCGCUGUCAGAAGGCUGCCCAUUACAUGUGCUACACUUGUACAUAUUCAUUGUGCAAGGCAUGCACUAAAGGUGCUGAUUACUUGUGUGUACGAGAGAACAAAGGCUUUUGCACAACAUGCAUGAGAACUAUUAUGCUGAUUGAAAAUAAUGAUCAAGGAAACAAGGAAGCGGCUCAAGUAGAUUUUGAUGACAAGAGUAGCUGGGAGUAUCUUUUCAAGGUAUACUGGAUUUACUUGAAGGAAAAGCUAUCUUUAACUUUAGAUGAGCUUACCCAUGCUCGAAAUCCGUGGAAAGCAGUUGCUUCUGUGGCUCGUAAGGGGCAAUCUUUGGAUGUACAUUAUGGUGGUAAUGAUGACAAAGGUUCUAUGGCAGUCAUCCCUUCUGGACAUCUGGAGGCAAAUAAUUCUAACAGGACAAAAGAACAGCCAAAGUUACCCAACAAGGGCGACUCUCGAAGCAUGGACAAAACAAUUAGUGACAGUGGAAAUACUUCUGUAGGAUCCACAAAGUGGGCAUCCGAAGAACUCUUGGAGUUUGUUGCACACAUGAGGAAUGGUGAUACAUCUGUAUUAUCUCAGUUUGAGGUACAGGGCCUUUUGUUAGACUAUAUAAAGACAAACAAUCUUCGUGAUCCCAAUCAGAAAAGUCAAAUCAUUUGUGAUUUGAGGAUUGGAAUUCUGUUUGGAAAACCACAUGUGGAUCACACUGAAAUGUUGAAGCUUCUUGAAUCUCACUUCCUUACAAAAGAGGAUUCCCAGAAAGUAGUAAUUCGAGGCAAUGUUGUUGAUUCUGUUGUAAGCCAGGUUGAGGGUGAUGGGAACAAUGAUAACCUACUGAUCAUGGGUAAAGAUACGAAAAGUAAAACUCGCAGAAAAGGUGAAGAGAGUGGACCACAAACAAAUCUAGAUGAAUAUGCUGCGAUUGAUGUUCACAACAUUAACUUGAUCUAUUUGCGGCGUGAUUUGAUGGAAAGUCUAAUAGUGGAUAAUGGAAAGUUCCAUGAUAAGGUUGUUGGCUCAAUUGUGCGAAUAAGAAUUUUCAGUAGUGAUCAGAAGCAAGAUGUGUAUAGGCUUGUCCAAGUAGUAGGUACGCGUAAGGUGGCACCAUAUAAAAUAGGUGAAAGGACAGCAGAUGCAACGCUUGAAAUAUUAAAUUUGGACAAGAAAGAGACCAUAUCGAUUGAUGCAAUUUCCAAUCAAGAGUUCUCUGAGGUGAUUAAGCGAUUACGUCAAAGUAUAAAAUGUGGGCUUGUUAAACAGUUUACUGUAGGCCAGGUGCAGGAGAAAGCAAUGGCACUUCAGGAAGUGAGACUCAAUGAUUACCUGGAAACAGAGGUAAUGCGGCUCAGUCAUCUUCGGGAUCAAGCAAGUGAAAAGGGGCAUAAAAAUGAGCUUAGAGAAUGUGUAGAGAAAAUAGAGCUUCUGAUGUCACCUGAGGAACGUCAGCGCAGGCUAAAUGAGAUUCCUGAGGUGCAUGCAGAUCCAAAUUGUGAAUCUGAUGAAGAUGCUGGAGUACAUAACAAUAAGAAACAAGAUGAAGAUGAGAAACCAAGAUAUUUUGAGGGAAAAGAUGCGUGCGGAUCAAAUACUGUGGAGAAACCAGGAAACCAAGUUGAUUCAUCUGGCUCAGUUGUUGGCGGUUGGAACAAUCAAGCUGGGCUGAGGUCUGGAUCUUUUUCUGGGGUUGCAUCAGAAACUUCAGCUGCAUCUCUCUCUACUGGGAGUGCACCAUCUGCAAAUGAUAGUGAAACGGACAGAUUGUGGUACUACCGGGACCCACAUGGAAACAUUCAAGGACCAUUUUGUAUGGUGCAGCUGCGUAAGUGGAGUACAACUGGAUUGUUCCCUCCUGAUAUGAAAAUAUGGGGUAUAAAUGAUGAAGAAGGUGACUCUUUACUCCUGACUGAUGUAUUAAAUGGGCAGUUCCGUAAAGUGUCGCCACUGCGAUACAUCUCUUUACCAUCUCAGGAAGUUAAAGGUGCCUCUGAUAGUAGUUUAUAUUAUGGUAACAAUGAAUUUGUGAAGAGUGUUAAUAACAAUAAUGUACAGACCGGAAGUUCUUUCCAAUCUGGGGGUUCAGUGGAGGUUAAAAAUUCUUACUCUGACCAGCUCCAAGUGCAUUGUCCAGUACCGUCAUCUGCAUUUACUGAGCAGCCACAUGAAACUUCUCUGCAUCAAGCAAGGGGUCAUGAGAGCCAAAGAUGGAACUUGGAUCCAAAUCUUGGAAAUUGGAGUUCACAUGGAAAUGCUACUGGUGGACAGAGUCAUGAGAACCAAUCUAAUUGUCACGGCUAUUCUGGCCAAUCAUCUGGACAAAGUUCGAGGCCUCUACCUGUAAACUAUUCUUCAUAUGACGGGGAUUCUUCCUCUGGUUUUGCUUCUGUAGCCAGGACAAUUACAUUAGAAAGAAUUUUUGGAAUUGAUAUCCUAAAUCGGCCUAGUCCAACGCCAAAUGUUAGCGAUGGGGACUUGGAAGGUCAGACUACUAAAGAACAGCAGUUGGAGCCAUCUAAUGUUCCUGUUAAAGAUUCAUAUAUCCAAAAUCAGCCAAGUCUCACACUCAAGCUGAGUGAUGGGGAUGAGAAAGUUGACUCUAAUAACCAAAAUAUUCCAAAUCCGCUACCAAAGCCAGCUGAUGAGGAUGAGAAAGCUCGAGCUACUGAAAACAAGCAGUCCGUGUCCUCAAAUUUUCCUGUUCAAGAUUCUAACCAUAGUUGGAGCAGUGCUUCCAGCCUAGUGGUGGGUGGUAGGACCCGAGUUCCUAAUGUAGCUGAUGAAUGGGGUCGUGCAAAACGUUCUGCUGAGGAUUGGGAUUCGGGUCUUGUGUCCGUAUCUUCAUUGAAACCACGUGAAGUGCCCAGUGAUCAUGCUGCCACUCCAACUUCCAGGUGUGAUGACCUCACUCCUCCAUUUAAUGCACCGAGUUGGCAGGCACUUGUUACCGAACCCAUUGAGUUUAGCACUUUGGCUGAGGAAUCAGUGUCAGAUCUGUUAGCUGAAGUCGACGCAAUGGAGUCUCAAUGCGGCCUGGCUUCCCCGACUUCAGUCACAAACAGUGGUGAGGAAUUGUUUCAGGAUUCUAAAAUCGAUUGUUUUACUUCUCUUAGGGGGUUGAGCCCCCCUCCACUUGAUUCAGGAAAAAGUGAUGCUUUGAGCUCCACAGGGGAUAUAAAGUUACCUCCUCCACCUGCAAUGACAGGCGGGCAAUUCCGAGCAUCUCAUUCUAAUGUCCUUGAUCCUGUAAAGAGGUCUGGUGUGAAAACGUCUACAAUUACUAAAUUGGAGGUGGAAACAAAGCCCAAUGAUGUUCCAGUUAAGCAAUCGAAGACCAUGAGACUCGACAUGAUUGAUACAGACACUGCUCGUAGAUCAGGAGUGAAACCGACCGACGCUGGUGUGAAUUCAGGUUGGGGAGGAUCCACCCAAGGAACUACAAAUACGGCAAGGGGAACCGGUCAGGGAACGGCUCGGGGAAAUACAAACUCAAACCGGAGUCCUUCAGCUGGAUACACGGGGCGGGAGAGCCAUUCUAAACAUAGCGGGGAGAGAUUUAGCCCUAGAGACCGGGCUUUUCACAGUGGCGAUUCAGGAUUUGGUAAGGGAAGGCCGUCAUGGAGUAGGCAGUCAUAUGGAAGCGGCGGCAGCAGUGGUGGCGGCGGCAGUGGAAGUUACUCAAGGCCUCCUCCCAAAGGGCAGCGGGUUUGUAAAUUUUACGAAAGUGGGCGGUGCAAGAAGGGAGCAUUUUGCGACUACCUGCACCCAUGAUGAUGGGGUUCAGGCAAGGAAUUUGGUGCAAUUGAAAUUAAUGUACAAUAAUUUUUUUUAGAAGUUUCAUUUAAAAAUAUUGCUAAUGUUGUAAUGUUAACUGAAAUUUAUGUCACCAGUUCUAAAAUGUGUAUUACAAUUUCUCUUUUUUCUUCAACGUAGCUUUUGGCUGUUUUGUAGAACAUAUUAUGGAGUGGAUUCAACUGAUGUAGUCCAAAUAUUAUUUUUUUGGAA